GCAGCCGACCUUCAUCGAGCGUCAGUUGAAAUCCAACCAUGGCAUUGUUCACUUCAGUCCGUUCUUUGCCCAGACUUCUCCCUGGGGCUACACCUCAUGCCGGGGUCAUCCACAGACUCUCGUCAUGGUGGUCAAAUGUGGAAAUGGGACCCCCAGAUGUCAUCCUUGGAGUCACAGAAGCUUUCAAGAGAGACAACAACCCCAAAAAGAUGAACCUUGGUGUCGGUGCCUACAGAGAUGACAACGGCAAACCUUAUAUUCUUCCUUCUGUGAGGAAGGCUGAGGAAAUGGUUGUAGCUGCCAAAAUGGACAAAGAAUAUUCUCCAAUCGGUGGAGACGCUGAGUAUUGUUCAUCUGUUGCCAAACUGGCCUUUGGAACUGACAGCCCAGUUAUCACAGACAAACUGAAUGUCACAGUCCAAGCAAUAUCUGGAACUGGUGCUUUACGAAUUGGUGCUGCUUUCUUUUCUAAAUGGAACAGCAAAUCUAAAGAUUUCUACAUCCCAUCACCAUCCUGGGGCAACCACACACCAAUAUUGAAACAUUCUGGUCUUGAAGUGAAGUCUUAUCGAUAUUAUGACCCUAAAACAUGUGGCUUUGAUUUCUCUGGUGCCAUGGAAGACAUAUCGAAAAUACCAGAAGGUUCCGUCAUUCUACUCCAUGCUUGUGCCCACAAUCCAACUGGCGUUGAUCCCAGGCCAGAACAAUGGGCUGAAAUGAGCAGUGUCAUCAAAUCACGGAAGAUCUUCCCAUUUUUUGACAUGGCUUACCAAGGUUUCGCCAGCGGAGAUACCAAGAAAGAUGCCUUUGCUGUACGCAAGUUUAUUGAAGAUGGUCACCAAGUGUCUCUUUGUCAGUCUUUUGCUAAAAACAUGGGACUUUACGGUGAAAGAGCUGGAGCAUUUACCCUCGUCUGUUCUGAUGCUGAUGAAGCUGCAAGAGUUAUGUCCCAGGUGAAGAUCCUUAUCCGACCCAUGUAUUCCAACCCCCCAGUCCACGGUGCCAGACUCGUGAAGACCAUCCUCACUACACCUGAUCUUAAUGCACAAUGGUUGACAGAGGUGAAAGGUAUGGCUGACCGUAUCAUUGGUAUGAGAACGAAAUUAGUGGAAGGUUUGGCUAAAGAAGGUUCUUCCAAGAACUGGCAACAUGUUACAGACCAAAUUGGUAUGUUCUGUUUCACUGGAUUAACACCUGACCAGGUUGAACGUUUGACAAAGGAGUUCUCCAUCUAUUUGACAAAAGAUGGUCGUAUAUCCGUGGCUGGCGUAUGCUCCGGCAAUGUCGAUUAUUUAGCCCAUGCUAUACACACAGUAACCAAAUAGUUAAUUUUAUAUACCCUAUACAGCGCUCUCUAUUACUUCAACUCCCUUCUUGCAUCUGUAAUCCUAUCCUACUGAAAGAACUGUUGGAAGAUUCCAUUAAGUUUUACAUACUUCUACCCGCGGUAGAUUAGAGCCGUCUUAUGAGGUGGCACCACUUAGCACAGCUUUCAACUCCAAAUACAUGAACAAAAUCGAUUUCAAGGAAAGUCUUUUUUUAAUCUUUUAAAUAAGCUUACAUCUAAUUAUAUACACACACAUACGUGCACUCACAUAUGUACAUAAUUUUUUGUUUUUAGAAGAAAUUAUAAAAAAAAUAAACCAACAAACCCCUUUUGUGACGGAUAAAUAAAUUUGACAAAUAAUUUUC